AUGGCACUCAGCAAGUCCGUUUGCUUCGUCGGCCUAGGCGCCAUGGGAGCCGGCAUGGCGAUCAACAUUGCCAAGUCUGGCACACCGCUGACCGUGUUCGACAUCCGGGACGAAGCAAUGCAGGCCAUCGUUCCGCACGGCGCCAAAGCGAGCAAAUCGACGCGUGAAGCAGCGCAAGGCGCUGACUACUUGGUUUUGAUGGUGAUCAACGACGCGCAAGCUCGGCAGGUGCUCUUCCAAGACGGCGCACUGGAGAGUCUCAAGGAGAAUGGCACGGUUCUGCUCAUGAGCACCAUCUCCCCCGCCACUUCGGCAGCUCUAGGGAAAGAGGUCGAAGCCAAGGGGCGCAAAUACGUCGACUGUCCUGUCUCCGGCGGUGCCGUCGGCGCCAAUGCCGGCUCGCUAACCCUGAUGGCCUCCGCAAAGAAGAGCGUCUACGACGACGUCGAACCGCUGCUGCGACUGAUGGGCACCAAUUUGUUCCACGUCGGGGAGAACUGUUCCGCGGGGCAGUCGAUGAAAGCGGUCAACCAAGUGCUCUGCGCUGUCCAUCUCGUUGCAGCGGCCGAAGCGCUGUCAUUCGCCAAGGCCAGCGGGAUCGACCCAAAGGUGGCACUGGAGCUGAUGUCAGGCUCGGCAGCACAGAGCUGGUUCCUGGAGAACCGCGGCAAGCGCAUGCUGCAGGAGGAGCCAGAGAUCAAGUCCGCGGUGAACAUCAUCGCGAAGGAUGCCGGCAUCGUCGUCAAUGCCGCGCGGGAAGUUGGAGCCGCGCUGCCGCUCACCGCGCAGGCGUUGCAGAUCAUUAACUCGUCUCAAGGCCGCGGCGAGGGCUUGCUGGACGACUCCCAGUUGAUCCGUGUUUACGACAUGCUCAACGGCUUGCGCGGAGCCACUGCCUAUCGCAAAUAG